GCCAUGCGCUGGACCGCGGCGCUGCUCGCGACGUGGGCCGUGAAGGUUGUGAGGGGAGGGCCGGUGAGCGAGAGCGAGGACGACGUCCAGAGCUCUGGUGCGUGCAAAGCCGCGAUCGCCAGCUACUGCCCAAGAGUCCCCCCUGGCGGUGGCGCGCUUACGCACUGCCUGAUCGGCGCCAUCAAGAGGGAUAGUGCUGUCAAGGGGCUGUCCGAGAGUCGCGGCGUCACGUCCGCGUGCAAGACGGAGAUCAACGGCGCGAUGGCCAGGGAAGUGAGGCGGAAGUCCCCGAGCGCACCCGCGCCGGGCCGCCUGGGCGAUACGAAGCUCGGCCCCCCGAGGACGGGCCUGCCCGGCCUCCGGGGCCACGGGGGCCCCUCGGUGCCGCGGGCGCCCGCGCCGAAGCUCGCCCCCCCGGGAGCCCGCGCGCCGAGCCUCCCGGGCGGCAGGCCCGCGCCGAUGCUCGCGGCCGCCUGCGGGCACGAGAUGGCGAGCCUCUGCGCGGGGCUCGGCGGCUCGGCGGCCCUGCCCUGCCUCAGGGCGCACGAGGCCGAGCUGUCCCUGGGGUGCUCUCAGAAGCUCUUCCUCGUCCAGCCGCUGCGGGCGGGCGACGCGGCGCUCGCCCCCCGGGUGUUCGCGGCCUGCCAGGCGGACCUCCACGACGUAGCCGUGUGCGGCAGGGCGCCCCCCGCCAUUCGGCGUGCCUCGGGGCGAAGCAGCGGGACGCGCUCACCGAGAAGUGCAGGCUGGCCCUGGCCAAGCAGGAGGCGGUGGGCUCGAAGGCAGUGGAUGCCAGAGGAGGAGGAGGAGGAGGAGCAGGGAGUCCCCCGGCGGCGGCGCGCCCAGCCGCGCACAGUGCUCCGACACUUGCGGUGCCGGGCCUGGACGUCGAGACCCUGCGCAGGUGCGGGGCGAGGAUGA